AUGCUGAAAAAGCAAAAUCACUUUGAAUGGACUGACGAGUGCCAACAAGAUCUCAAGGACCUAAAGUCGUAUCUAUCAAAUCCGCCUUUGUUAGCCAAACCAAAAGACGGUGAAAGAUUGCUCAUUUACCUCGUUGUGUUAGAAGUAGCGAUAAGUGCGGUGUUGGUACGAGAAGAUAAAGUUGUUUUGCCCUUAAGAAACAUAUUGCGUAAACAUGAAUUAUCAGAUAGAUUAGCUAAAUGGGCAAUAGAACUCAGUGAGUAUGAUAUCAUAUAUCAACCUAGAACUGUAAUAAAAUCACAGGUGUUAGCAUAUUUCGUAGCGGAUUUUGGCAUGAAUUUAGUUCCUGGGGCAAAGAAGGAACUACAGGUAUUUACCGGAGCUAAUCCGGGGACUUGGACCCUGUUUACUGACACUUCCUCAAAUGUUAAAGGAGCGGGUUUAGAAAUUAUUUUAAUUCCACCCUCAGGUGAAGUCAUAAGACAAGCAAUAAAAUGUUAUCUAAUCAUUAACAAUGAGGCAGAGUAUGAAGCUGUGAUUGCAGGCUUGGAAUUGUAUGGUAUCUUGCCUGAAGAUAAGAAGAAAUCACAAUUGCUACGGCAGAAAGCUGCUUGGUAUUGCUUAAUUCGUGGAAAUUUAUAUCGUAAAAGGUUUGGUGGACCUUUAGCACGGUGCCUCGGUCCAUCACAAACAAAGUAUGUAAUGAGAGAAGUACAUGAGGGGCAUUAUAGUAAUCACGUCUGGGGAAGAUCGUUGGUAAAAACAUUAAUAAGGUCAGGAUAUUAUUGGUCAAAAAUGGAAGAAGAAGCAGAAAACGUUGUAGUUAGGUGUGAUAAAUGUCAACGAUAUGCCAAUAACAUGUACCGACUGGUAGAGCUGUUGCAUUUAGUUAUUUCACCAUGGCCCUUCAUGAAAUGGGGCAUGGACAUCGUAAGGUCGUUGCCUCAAGCUAAAGGAAAGGUACAGUUUAUGUUAGUUUUAACAGAUUAUUUCUCAAAAUGGGUAGAAGUAGGUGCUUUCAAACAGGUGCGGGAAAAAGAAGUUAGGGAUUUCAUUUGGAAAAAUAUUAUAUGUCAAUUUGGAGUUCCAAAAAAAAUUGUAUGUGACAAUGGCCCACAAUUCAAAGGCGCGAAAAUCACAGAAUUCUUCCAAAGUUGGCAAAUUAAACGAAUUACAUCCGCACCUUAUCACCCUGCGGCCAACGGACAAGAUGAAUCGACAAAUAAAGUUAUUAUCAUUAACUUAAAGAAGAGAUUCGAAGAAUCAAAAAGUAAAUGGCCAGAGAUAGGUGAACCAAGUACGAGGUACACACAUGCCACUGAAGAGGAAAACAAGGAAGAGCUGCGGGUAAAUUUGGAUUUGUUAGAAGAUAGAAGAGAAGUAGCAUUAAUUCGAAAGGCGGCUCAAAAACAUAUGAUUGAACAAUAUUAUAACAGGAAAGCUAAUUUGAGGUACUUUAAGAUUGGGGACUUCGUCCUCAAAAAGGAAAAGGACCAAAAGAAAGGAGUGAUCCAGUGUUCGAGAUUUCAUACUUCAAAGCUCUAG